UAGUGACGACAGACUGUGUUGGACGCGUCUUUAACAACACCAUCUCUGUAGCUUGCUAGCCAACAUGAAAUACAAACAUUGAAGCUCUGUAGGCCAUUUUUGUGGAGCAACACGAAUCUCGGUGAUUUAAACACAGUUUUUUUAACGUAUCUACUAGUUCAAUUAAACGUGAUUUGCUUGCUAAAUUUGCACAUGUGUUACCGAGCCCAGUAUUAGGCUAGUCGCUAAUGCUAAGUAGCUAACAUCCCUGACCAUGAGCUCACUAAGCUACUCUCCUCCUGCUAAUGAAGAGGAGAUCUGCUGGACGGAGAAAGCAGCUAUGGGGAUGAACAUUGUCGUUAAAGAAGAAGAAGAGGAGGAUAUUACAGUGAUAGGAACGGAAGAAGCUUGUCGAAUUAAAACAGAGGAAGAGGAGGAAGGGAUAGAGGUUGUCACGGUGGAAGAAGAGGUAGAAGCUUUCAGAAUAAAAAAGGAGAUGGCUUCCUCUAUCACAUUGAAAGAAGAAGAGCCUUUUGGAGUGAAGGAGGAGUCAAUAACAUUGAAAGAAGAGAAGAAAGAAGAAGAGAAACCUUUUGUGGAGAAAGAGGAGGAGACAGAAGAUCCAGUUAACACUGAUCCCAAAACGAGGCAAUAUGCAGUUUCCUGGCCCUCCCAGGGCUCUACAGUGACGGAGGACAUCAGAAAGACACAGGAAGAAUCUAAUGUGACACCCGUGAGUCCCAGACAGUUUGGUGGUGAUGACGAUGCUAUUCACUGCGACAAAGAAUGUGACCUGAAAGACAAGGAUUGGUUUCCUAGCAACAGGCUGAAGGCGGAGUCGGCUCCAGAGAGCCACACCCCAGAGCAGAGGGGGAGUUGUCAGGAGGUCCAGAGAAUGAGAGGAAUCAAGGACAUGUCUUUCCCUCUCCCAGAGUCCCCAGGUCGUGCCUCUCCCACUGUUGCCUUACUGUGGGGUCUGAAGAGGGUGUCAGUGCGGCUGGUCGACUGCAGGAAAACACCGGGUCUGAGUGGAACUGUGAGAGGAGAAGAAGAGGGAGAUUCAGAUUCAACAGGUGAAAGACCAGACUCAGAGGAACCAGAGCCAGAGACAUCCAAACCAGUAAGACGACACCACUGCUCCCAGUGUGGAAAGAGUUUUACCCGGUUAGGGUCCUUGAAAAGACAUGAAGGAAUACACGCAGGAGAGGAGACUUACCACUGCUCCCAGUGUGGAAAGAGUUUUACCAGGUUAUUUAGCCUGAAACGACAUGAGAUGAUACACACAGGAGAAAAGCCUUUCCACUGCUCCCAGUGUGGAAAGAGUUUUACCAGGUUAUGGCACCUGCAAAUGGAUGAGAGAAGGCACAGAGGAGAGAAGCCUUUCCGCUGCUCCGAUUGUGGAAAGAGUUUUACCCAAUUAGGGAGCCUGAAAGAACAUGAGAGAAUGCACACAGGAGAAAAGCCCUUCCACUGCUCCCUUUGCGGAAAGCGUUUUACCCAUUUAGGAAGCCUGAAAGGACAUGAGAGCAUGCACAGAGGAGAAAAGCCCUUCCACUGCUCACAUUGUGGAAAGCGUUUUACCCGGUUGGGGCACCUGAAAGCACAUGAGAGAAUUCACACAGGAGAAAAGCCCUUCCACUGCUCCCUGUGUGGGAAGAGUUUUAAUCAGUUAGGGGGCCUGACAAAACAUAAGAUAUUACACAAAGGAGAGAAGAAUUUCCACUGCUCUCUGUGUGGAAAGAGUUUUAUCCAGUUAUGGGGCCUGAAAACACACGAGUGGACACACAUAAAAGAGAAGCCUCACCCCUGUUCCCAGUGUGGAAAGAGUUUCUCACAGUCAAGAUACCUGAAAAAACAUGAGCUGACACACUCCGCGGAGAAGCCUUGAAAGAAUCCACAUUGCAGAGAAAUAUAUAUUGGAAAGAUAUUUACCUAGUUAGGGAACCUGAAAGACCACGAGGUAACAGACACAUGGGGAAACACCUUACCACUGCUCUCAGUGUGGAAAGAGAGAUGUAACUCAUUAAUUAACUGAUGUAUUUAACACACACAGUGCUCCAACACUUGUCUCAUUUCAUUUUUCACUGACUGUUUAUUUGUUUAUAUCACACGAAAUCAAAUUGUACAAAGUGAACUCAAUGUUGUUUUUUAACAUGAAUUGGACAUAGUGAGUAUAUCUGUUUCAGUAUAGAGUAGGUCAGUUAUAAUGCUUUUUAAUUCAAUUAUAUAUAUGCCAUUUAGCAGACGCUUUUAUCCAAAGCGACUUACAGUCAUGUGUGCAUACAUUCUACGUAUGGGUGGUCCCGGGGAUCGAACCCACUACCCUGGCGUUACAAGCGCCAUGCUCUACCAACUGAGCUACACAGGACCACAAAGAACUCUGUCUUUGUGUAUUUUCUCUGUGUGUUAAUCAAGUGCUGUCUAUUUACAUGUGAUAUAUUUCCUCUUGUGUUUGCAUUGUGUAUGUGUGUGUGAAAAAAUAAACAAAUGUACAGACUGAGAAAAAC